AUGAGGAAGAAGGAAGUCCCAGCAGAAGACGCCUUUCCUCCUUCCUCCAAGCAGCAGCCCCCGGACGGCCCCAGAGGCCACAUGGCAGGUCCCUGUCUCUCGCCCCUGCUGAUCCUGCUGCUGUCCUUAGCCCUGGGAGCUGCUGGACUAGAAGCCAACAACACCGGCGAAAGGAUUAUUAAUGGAUUUCUGUGUCCAAAAGGCAAGCAGCCCUGGCAGGUGGCCCUGUUUGACGGUCAUAAGUUCCACUGUUCAGGCGUGCUGCUCAGCGAGCUGUGGGUGCUCACGGUCGCCCACUGCCACCUGAGGGAGUACACCGUGCAAAUGGGCAGUGAUAUUUUACUCCAUGGGGAUGUGCAGAGAAUCAGGGCCACAAAGUCAUUCAUCCACCCUCGGUUUAGUGGAGUCACGCACGUUAAUGACCUCAUGCUGGUGAAGCUGAGCGCUCCAGCCCCGCUGUCCUCCACGGUGAAGAUAAUCAGCGUGUCCUCCCAAUGCAAACCUCCUGGGACCAAAUGUACUGUUUCCGGCUGGGGCAGCAUUGCCAUGGAUAUAGUGACAUACCCAAAAGCGCUCAUGUGCUCGCAGGUCAGCAUCUAUCCCUACAUGUACUGCAAGAGGACUUUUCCUACAAUAUCGAGAAGAUACAUGACCUGUGCUGCUCCCCCUAACAGACUCUCCUACAUGUGCAAAGAGGUGGCAGUGGAGCUGACCGAUGCCAGAAGCCCCACCCCCUUUGUCAAUGAUUGGCCCCUGAAGAUGAUGCUCCAAGGCAUCAUUCCUCCCCACUGGUGA